CUGGCGGCUGUGGGGGACGAGUCAGGUCAGGCGGGUGGGCAGCAUGCUGCGGCUGCUGGCCUCCCGCUGCGCCCGGAGCCGGAGCCGGGGAGCCGGCGGGGCCGCGCAACCUGCCACGGGGCUCUGUGACCGCGGCCGCAACGCCAGCCGCCAGGCCUCCAACACCCCCGGGAACCUGCCCCCCAGCUCCGAAUCCGUGGCGCGGUCGGUGGGCGUCUGUUCCAUGAUGCGCCUGCCGGUGCAGAAGUCCCCUGAGGGGCUGGAUGCUGCCUUCGUCGGGGUGCCCCUGGACAUUGGGACCUCCAACCGGCCCGGGGCGAGAUUUGGACCCCGACGGAUCCGGGAAGAGUCGGUGAUGCUUCGGACAGUCAACCCCAGCACAGGGGCCCUCCCCUUCCAGUCCCUAACGGUUGCAGACCUAGGCGAUGUGAACGUCAACCUUUACAACCUUCAGGACAGCUGCCGCCUAAUUCAAGAGGCCUAUCAGAAAAUCGUAGCUGCUGGCUGUGUUCCUCUGACCUUAGGUGGGGACCACACAAUCACGUACCCUAUACUGCAAGCCAUGGCCAAAAAGCAUGGCCCGGUGGGGCUGCUGCACGUGGACGCUCACAUGGACACGGCUGACAAGGCCCUGGGAGAGAAGAUCUAUCACGGGUCGACCUUCCGUCGGUGCGUGGACGAGGGACUUCUGGACUGUAAGCGUGUGGUGCAGAUUGGCAUCAGGGGCUCCUCCAUGACCUUGGAUCCCUGCAGAUACAGCCGGAGCCAGGGGUUCCGGGUGGUGCUGGCCGAAGACUGCUGGAUGAAGUCGCUGGUCCCGCUGAUGGCCGAAGUGAGGCAGCAGAUGGGAGGCAAACCCAUUUAUAUCAGCUUCGAUAUCGACGGCUUGGAUCCCGCCUAUGCCCCGGGGACGGGGACACCUGAAAUCGCCGGCCUCACCCCGAGUCAGGCUCUGGAGGUCAUCCGGGGCUGCCAAGGCCUGAACGUGGUGGGCUGUGACCUCGUGGAAGUUUCUCCUCCCUACGAUCCUUUUGGGACCACGGCCCUCCUGGCUGCUAACCUGCUGUUUGAGAUGCUGUGUGUUCUCCCCAAAGUGACAGUCGUCUGAAGCGCGUGCGUGCUCUUCAGGACAACAUAACAGGAUGCAUGAGCCGCAGAUUCUCAAGAACGUGUGAGCAAGCAGUCAGUACUAAGGCGUUUAUGCCGAUGAAACUUUCUGCUAACGCUGUCAUCGGUGGCUGUAAAACCAGGGCAUGCAGAACUCUACUCCGACAGCCGAUAUUUCUGAGGAGUUCGAGUUCACUUAAAAAAAGAGGCACUUGGGCUGUGCUGAUUUUAUGUCUUUAAUGCAAGACGGUGGAGGACAGAGGGGGACAGGAUGGAGAACUGAGUUCAAAGUUACCUUAAAACUGGAGGAAUGAAAUAAAGACUGUGAGACAAUACUGUAUAAUCCUUCCAUAUUUCUACAGUACCUUCCUUUUAAAUACAGCUCCUCCCCCGAGGAGCUGGGGGCUGCAGCUUGGUUUUAGAACCACCGUGAGCACAAACACACAGCUGGAAAGACACUAACACGUGGACCCUAAUAAACUUCCCACUCAAGUACCCCCCUGGGGGGGGUGGUACACGAGAUGUCUUUUAACCAGACGACACCAGCUGUCCUCCCAAGAGCCCUUCGUGACACCUCCUUAAGCCUGGUUUGCAUCAUCUGCCCUUCUAGCUGAUACAUCCUGACAGUAGUUCCCGAAAUCUGCAGCUAGGGACAAGCUGAUCUCGAGCGUGUGCUGAGGUACAUGCAAAUUCAGCUCUGCUGAUUAAUGUGUCCGCGCCCCAACCAUCACCUCGUAAUGCAGGAGCUGCCCGUAAUCAUCACACGUUAAAAUAGUUUAUUUCUGUUUCCGGUCGGCAAUAUUCUUAAAACAAAAAUAACAUCAGCUUUAGUGCCUGUUCACAAUACAAAACAAAGACAACAUAAAAAAGACACCGUUUGCCAAAUAAGUUAUUUGUUCCUAAGAGUAUCAAAAGUGCAAAAUAUUCCCCUUCUUUUCGGAUCUGUCUCGAGAGGAUAAUUAUUCUCCUUGACAAACUGAACAGAGAGAGUCGGCAGCUGCCACCCUGUGCGCUUUCAAGGGACAAUGGCAGGUAUCUGGACGUGAGCAACAUUUCAUUUGAUAAAAUGUUCUGUAUGAUCUUUUAAAGAAUUUUCCUUAAAAAAAAAGUUCGAGUGUUUGCUUCUAAUCCCAUUUCCCAAACAAA